AUUUGGACGGAUGUCCUGCCCUCUGGCUAUUCCUGGCUGAGGCGGGGCAGCGGGAGCCAUGGCGGCUGUGACCGAUGUUCAGCGGCUACAGGCCCGUGUGGAGGAGCUGGAGCGCUGGGUGUACGGACCAGGCGGGUCUCGCGGCUCGCGGAAGGUGGCUGAUGGCCUGGUCAAGGUGCAGGUGGCUUUGGGGAACAUCGCCAGCAAGAGGGAGAGGGUGAAGGUUCUGUACAAAAAGAUUGAAGACUUGAUCAAAUACCUGGAUCCUGAGUACAUUGACCGCAUUGCCUUACCUGAUGCCUCCAAGCUGCAGUUCAUCUUGGCAGCUCCUCGCCUGGGAGUGGCCGUGCCUGGGCCCGCCUCACUGCUGCUCUCUUGUCUGUUCAUGCCGCAGAGGAGCAGUUCAUUCUCUCGCAGGUUGCACUUCUGGAGCAGGUGGAUGCUCUGGUGCCCAUGCUGGACAGCACUCACAUCAAAGCCGUUCCUGAGCAUGCCGCCCGCCUGCAGCGCUUGGCCCAGAUCCACAUCCAGCAGCAGGACCAGUGUGUGGAGGUCACUGAGGAGUCCAAGGCUCUCCUGGAGGAAUACAACAAGACUACAGUGCUUCUCUCCAAGCAGUUUGUGCAAUGGGAUGAACUUCUCUGCCAGCUAGAAGCUGCCAAGCAAGUGAAGCCUGUGGAAGAGUGAAUGGUGCUUCCCAUCCCAGGGUGGGCUGGGGCAGCCAGGCUCCAGGACCUGUGCCAGCCUGCCCUUGUAACAGAGCAGAAAAGAGGUGGCUCUGUAUUUAUUGGAUUCAAGACCUACCUGGUUGCACUCAGGUGGGGCUCUGAGGUCAGAGGUCUGGUUACUUGAGAUUUGCUCUUUGCACCUCCUCCCUUCAUCAGCGUCCUGUUCCAGUGACAAUAAAACUGUAGAGACCACUUCA